UAUGCGUGGAAGGACAACCACAAUUUCUGCAAUCUCCUAACAACGAUAACAGGUCUACGUUAACUAAGACUGAUUCUUACUCAAAACGAAACAUUCAUUGUUUGCCCUGAACCUAAGACUCUCGCUACAACUAACUUGCCCAGUUUAGGUUAGGCCACGCCUUCUUUUUCUAUACUGCUUGCGACACGUGUAGCAUGGAGGAGCUUCCUGACAGCAACAGUCACUACCGGGAACAAGAGUAUUGGGACCAACGGUAUUCUGGCAGUUCUGAUAGUAGCUUUGAAUGGUUUGGACCAUAUGCUGCAUUCAGCCAUUUGCUGGAGGGACCUGAAGGAAGAGUCCAGAAGUGGGAGCGCAUACUCGUGCUGGGUUGUGGGAACAGUGCCAUGAGCUAUGACAUGUUUCACGGUGGCUACAGGUUUAUCACAAACAUCGACUACUCUUCUGUUUGCAUUGAGAACAUGAGAAGCAAAUACAGUGAGUGUACCAGUAUGGAAUGGAAAAUGAUGGAUGCCCGAUCCCUAGAAUUCAUGAAUGAGAGCUUUGAUGUGGUUAUAGAGAAGGGCACAUUAGAUGCACUGAUGGUGGAUGAGAAGGACCCCUGGAAUGUAUCACCAGAAGGAGCAAAGGUGUUGGACCAGGUCUUAACAGAGGUAAGCUAA